UAUAAUCCGUUUUCAUAAGUAAUGAAAACUCUUCUUCUAUUUAUCGUAUUCAUUGGAAUAAGAGCAGUAAGGAGGAAAGAUGAUGAGUAAUUUUAAGCAAAUAAAGAAAUUUUGCAUAAUGACCCUAGUUUUGAUGAUUUAGAAGAGAUUGCAGAAAAUCCAUUAGGAGCAAAGGUUUUAUAAACGGUUGCUUUAUAAAUAAAAAGUGGAGAGGGUAUAGAUAGUAUAGUUUCUUUAUUGACAAAUUUAAAGAGCGAUCUAGAAGUAGAUUAUGCAUUUAUAAAAGGGAAAAUAAAUUCAAUAAGAUGGGUCUAAUGCAGCAAUUUAAUCAUAAUGUAAAUCAGAUAUGGACAGUUAUAGUUAAAGAAUAUAAUUAGCAGUGAAUGAAAUUAAUGAUGUUGAAUUUAAGGUAGGAAGAUUAGAAUCAGAUAUUGAGGAUUAUACUGGAGAACUAGAGCUUAAAUAAUCUUAAAUUGAUGUAAAAAUAAUAUGAUUUUUAGACAUUUUAAGGAGCUGAAAAUUCUUUAAGAGAUUUACGAUUGAAAUAAUCAGCUAAUUAUAAUAAAAGAUUAGGUUAGUUGAAAGAAAUGAUAAAUGCCUUUUAGGUGAUGCUUCCUAAAAUGCAUGAACUUUACGAUAAAGUUUAAUAGAGAGAUUCAGAAGUUUAAAAUUAUAUAUUUGAUUCUAGUCUUUUAUUUAGGAAGAAGCCUUUGCAAAUUCUUUUGUACAAUUAGCAAAUAACGGACCUUCAAAUCCAAUUUUAGCUUUAGUUUAGGUUACUUCAAUGAUGGAUUCAAGAUCUAUUCAAACUAUAAUUGAAAAAAUGGAAGUUGUAAGAGACUCUUUAAUAACAUCAGUAGACGAAGAAACUGCUUUAGAAGAACAAGCUAUAAGAGUAAUAAUUGAAUACUAAAUAAUUAGGAUAAUGAUGUAACUCUUAAUGAAAUAUUUAAUGCUAUGUAAGCUUUAACUAGAGAAAAAGCAGCAGAUGAUGAAUCAUUGUAGGAUACCAUAAGAACUAGAGACUAAUAAUAAAAAAGAGGAAGUGAUGCUUAAGCUGAAUUUGUUGCUUCAAAAACUGGUAUGAAAUAAAGAAGAGGACAAUGUCAAGAAUUAUUAGUCUAAUAUUAAUAAAAUACAAUUUAAAGAAGCAGAGAAAUAGAUAUCAUUAAAAAAGUGUAAAUUAUUAUUCAGACUAAAUUGAAUGUUGUGAAAUCUUUUAUCCAAGAACAAUAGAUUUCUUGA